GCACUCCCCGGCGGAAGAGGCAGAUUCAGGAAGCCAUUACGCAGCUGGCUGGCAGCGGCUGGGCCGGUCGGGACUGGGCCCUAAGCACUUUGCGUAGCGAGAGGGGUUACCUAAGGCCUGGUGCUUGACUUUGGGCAAGCCCGGCCCAUCCCCUGGAGGGGGCUGGGUGAGGGGCGAGACAGAGGAAGAAGAGAAGGGGUACUGAGGCUAUAGAGGGGAAUUAAAGUUUCUUUUUUAAAAAAAGAGGGCUGGGGCGAGGCCAUGGCCGUCCCAGCCAAGAAAAGGAAGAUGAACUUCUCAGAGCGAGAGGUGGAGAUCAUCGUGGAGGAGCUGGAACUGAAAAAGCACCUGCUGGUGAACCACUUCAACGCUGGGGUCCCCCUGGCUGCUAAGAGCGCAGCCUGGCACAGCAUCCUGCGGAGGGUCAACGCCGUGGCCACGUGCCGCAGGGAGCUGCCCGAGGUCAAGAAGAAGUGGUCUGACCUCAAGACCGAGGUCCGGCGCAAGGUGGCCCAGGUCCGGGCAGCCGUGGAGGGGGGCGAGGCCCCGGGGCCUAAUGAGGAGGAUGGAGCUGGUGGUCCUGGCGCUGGUGGUGGCAGUGGCGGCACGGGUCCCGCCGUGGCCCCUGUGCUACUCACCCCCAUGCAGCAGCGCAUCUGCAACCUGCUGGGCGAGGCCACCAUCAUCAGCCUGCCUAGUACCACGGAGAUCCACCCCGUGGCCCUGGGACCCACGGCCACGGCUGCCGCAGCCACGGUCACCCUGACACAGAUCCCCGCCGAGACCACUUACCACACGCUGGAGGAGGGGGUGGUGGAGUACUGCACCGCCGAGGCCCCGCCGGCCCUGCCAGCCGAGACCCCCGUGGAGAUGAUGGCCCCGCCCGCCGACGCCUCGGUCAAGCCUCAGGCCCUCAAGAGCCGCAUCGCCCUCAACUCGGCCAAGCUGAUCCAGGAGCAGCGCGUCACCAACCUGCACGUGAAGGAGAUCGCGCAGCACCUGGAGCAGCAGAACGACCUGCUGCAGAUGAUCCGGCGCUCGCAGGAGGUGCAGGCCUGCGCCCAGGAGCGCCAGGCCCAGGCCAUGGAGGGCACCCAGGCCGCCCUGAGCGUCCUCAUCCAGGUCCUCCGGCCCAUGAUGAAGGAUUUCCGCCGCUACCUGCAGAGCAACACGCCCGCGCCCGCCCCGGCCCCCGAGACCACGCAGGUGGCCCAGAACGGGCAGCCCGACGGCCUCAUCCAGUGAGGGCCGGGCCGCGCCAGCUGCUCCCGAGACCCGUCACUCCCGCACGGGCUCAACCGCUGGUGGUUCCCGUGCCCCACAUGCGUGCUCCCGGAUGGAUCUCAAGGUGCCCCACUUGCUGCUGGUGCCUCGGCCUGCUCCCCGGCACAGGACUCGGGCUCAGCUCCCAAGCCCCGGACUCAGUGACACGGAGGUGCUCUGCGCUCCGGGCUCUCACCUCCACCCUGGCUGGCAGGGGACAGGGGCCCCGGAGACAGUCGGAAUGGGACCCCCGUGCCGCCAGCCUUCCCCCGUGGGACAUGUGUGGGGGGCCGGCUGCAGAGACUGAGAGCAUCAGCCGGAGGGUGUCGCAGCGGGUGGAAGGGCAGCGCUGGCCGCCGGCCCUCCCGCCCAGGAGCCCGGGGGCCCAGCCGGGCCACGGCUUGCAAGGGCUCUUGCCUCGAACUGUUUUCUCUGUAGGUGGGAACCUGAGCCAGGAUCGUCUGAUCCAGCUGGGGAGGAAGGGGGCCUGGGCGACUUCAGCUCGUCCUUUCCAGAGGAGAAUUUCAAAUUAAAAGACACAUAUCACUUUUUUUUUUU